AUGGCUCGCGCUGCCCUGGUCCUCGCUGCCUUGGCCCCGCUCCUCGUCGUCGCAGCUGCGGGCGGAGACGCCCCGCCGGGAAAAAUCGCCGUGGUUGGGGCUGGGAUUGGGGGCUCUGCCGUGGCCCAUUUCCUCCAGCAGCACUUUGGACCCCGGGUGCAGAUCGACGUGUACGAGAAGGGAACUGUUGGUGGCCGCCUGGCCACCAUCUCAGUCAACAAGCAACACUAUGAGAGCGGGGCAGCCUCCUUCCACUCGCUGAGUCUGCACAUGCAGGACUUCGUCAAGCUACUGGGGCUUAGGCAGCGGCGCGAGGUGGUAGGCAGAAGCGCUAUCUUUGGCGGGGAGCAUUUCGUGCUGGAGGAGACCGACUGGUACCUGCUGAACCUCUUCCGCCUCUGGUGGCACUACGGCAUCAGCUUCCUGAGGCUGCAGAUGUGGGUGGAGGAGGUCAUGGAGAAAUUCAUGAGGAUCUACAAGUACCAGGCCCACGGCUAUGCCUUCUCAGGUGUGGAGGAACUGCUGUACUCACUGGGGGAGGCUGCCUUCAUCAACAUGACCCAGCGUUCUGUGGCCGAGUCCCUGCUCCAAGUGGGUGUCACACAGCGCUUUAUUGAUGAUGUCGUCUCUGCCGUCCUGCGGGCCAGCUACGGCCAGUCUGCAACAAUGCCCGCCUUUGCUGGAGCCAUGUCGCUAGCUGGGGCCCAAGGUAACCUGUGGUCGGUGGAAGGGGGCAACAAGCUGGUGUGUUCCGGUUUGCUGAAGCUCACCAAGGCCAACUUGAUCCAUGCCACAGUGACCUCUGUGGCUCUGCACAGUACGGAAGGGAAAGCCUUGUACCAGGUGGGGUACGACAGUGAGAUGGGCAGUGGCUCCAACUUCUACGACAUCGUGGUCAUCGCCACACCCCUGCAUCUGGACAACAGCAGCAACUUCACCUUCGAAGGUUUCAACCCACCAAUUAGUGAUGUCCAGGGCUCUUUCCAGCCCACCGUCAUCUCCUUGGUCCACGGCUACCUCAACUCUUCCUACUUUGGUUUCCCUGACCCUAAGCUUUUCCCCUUCGCCAAUAUCCUUACCACAGAUUUCCCCAACUUCUUCUGCACACUGGACAACAUCUGUCCUGUCAACAUCUCAGCCAGCUUCCGGCGGAAACAACCCCAGGAGGCAGCAGUCUGGCGAGUCCAGUCUCCCAAACCCCUCUUUCGGACCCAGCUGAAGACCCUCUUCCGUUCCUAUUACUCAGUCCAGACAGCUGAGUGGCAGGCCCACCCUCUGUAUGGCUCUCGCACUGGCUUCCCAAGGUUUGCGCUCCAUGACCAACUCUUCUACCUCAGUGCCCUGGAAUGGGCAGCCAGCUCCGUGGAGGUGAUGGCCGUAGCUGCCAAGAAUGUGGCCUUGCUGGCGUACAAUCGCUGGUACCAGGACUUGGACAAGAUUGACCAAAAGGAUUUAAUGCACAAGGUGAAGACUGAACUGUGAGGGCUCCAGCUAGACCCCAGGAAUUUUUGCGCCACACUGAAGAUGUGUCAGCAACCCAAGGUUGGCAAAGCCACGUUCACCUGCCCAGCCACUCUUUCUGACCCCUCUUGUGUCAAGCAUCUUUUUCCUUCAGUGUGGGUCCAGGUGACCCACUCUCUGCCUAUCUGUCUUAAGGCUCCUCAGAAGGGUUACUUUUUAAGGGAGAAAGUAAGAAAAGAAGGGAAA